AUGGAUGAUCUUUAUCAAGCAAAGCUAUCAGCUACUCCGUAUCCUCCUCCUCAUCCGCAUCCGCAAGUCCACGUAGGUGAUAAUCAAACUCCACCCAAUCAGGAUUACAAUCAUAGUCACGAUGAUGCGACUCAUACUCGUCCUCUCCACCAACAACAGCAGCAACAACCCAUCCCGAUACAGUUCCCGAAUAUAUACGUACAUCCUUAUCCUACCAUAGAAAGGGAGAGAGAAAGAACACCUCCUCCAGCUCCUCAACCUAGGACUGAGCAGCCUCCUGUUACAGUGAAUGUCACUGCUCUAUCUAACGAAGAUCAAAUUCCAAAAGGCAAUGGAAGCAAGAUCGGCCCAUUUAGAAUCACUAAACCACACCCGUUACUUUGGGUUAGCUUGAUAUUGUCUUUCAUAGCUUUGGUAUUGGAAGUUCCGAAAGGAUCUUUACCUACUUUGACUGGGAGACAUAAAGCUUUGAGAACACAAGAGAGACUGGUUUCAGAGAAAAUAGCACUUUUAACUAAAUUAUCUACAUUCCUUCCACCUCCGCUUUCCAAUCUUGUUGCGCCUACAGAUCCAAACAAUCCAUUUUCAGCUUCGCAUCUUACGCUAAAUGAUGAUCGUCAAUUAGACUUGCUUCGUCUUGCGCCUCAUCUCAGAUUCUGGAAUACGGCUAUCGGUGCGCCUUACGGUACUGGGGUGGGUGAAGAUGGAAGAGGGUGGUGGUCAAUCGAAGAUAUAGGUCAAGGUGCAAGUGUCGUUAGAAGUAAAGACGGUGAAAGGGAAAAAGAAGUUUGGGUAUUGGAAGUUGGUGAAGGUGAUGACAACACCAACACCGUCGCUCUGUCAUCUGCCCUCGCUCACUCGCUCUUACUUCGAGAUCGACUUCAAGCUGAAAUCGAAAGGCUGAAAGCGAUUCCAUGUCCAUCAUGUCCCAAUCCAUCUCCUUUCCAUCUCGACUCUAUGCAAGCUCACAAAGAGCAUGACGACAACGAUGAGGCGUAUCAGAUUGCGAGGAAAGAGGAAUGGGAAAGAUUGGAAGAAAGAAAGAGACGAGAAAAAGAAAGACAAAAGGAAGUCGAAGAGAGAGAAAGAGAAGUCGCAAGAAGAGAAAAAUGGGUUGUGGAAGAGAUGAGGAAGAUGAGUGAGAAGAUUCAUGGUCAAGCUACUGAAUUGACUCUCGAAGAUCGGAUCACCGAAAGGUUAAAGUCUUAUCAACGACAAUUGAAUCACCUGAAAGAGAAUGAUAAAGUCGAGCUUUAG